AUGGCGCUUUCAUCCCAUCAGACAAAGCGAUUUAUCUCCGUGAUAGCCGCAACUGUGGUUGCGCUCGCCUGUGGAACGAAUUAUGCAUACUCCGCCUGGGCGCCGCAGUUCGCCCAACAGAUGAAGAUUUCGGCCACCCAGAGCAACUUCAUCGGUGCGGCGGGAAAUCUGGGCAUGUAUGCGUCGGGCAUCCCACUGGGUCUAUUGACGGAUGCUCGAGGUCCUCGUCUGACCACCUUCCUGGGAGCUAUCUCCCUUGGCGUGGGCUAUUAUCCCAUCCAUCUGGCAUACGAGGGCGGGCCAGGCUCUCUCGGCACCUUUUUCUUGUCGUUCUUCAGCUUCCUGACGGGCUUCGGCAGUGCCUCCGCAUUUUCAGCAUCCAUCAAAACUUCGGCGUCGAACUUCCCCGAGCACCGUGGAACGGCUACUGCAUUUCCUCUGGCCGCCUUCGGCCUGAGCGCCUUCUUCUGGUCGACGAUAUCCACCGUCUUGUUCAAAGAUGAUACCGGUCGCUUCCUCCUAUUACUGGCGCUGGGAACGUGUAUCCUGAACCUGGUUUCUAUCCCGUUCCUUCGCAUUUUGUCGCCCAGCGACCCAUAUUUGCCGCUCGGCAGAGACCGAUCGCCGGGAGUCGAAUCGCGUCGAUUGCGCAAAACAAGGUCCACCGAGCUGCGAUCGGGCGAAGACUCUGAUGAAGCAGGUACGCAAAGAUAUGAAAUCUCAACUCAACCCCCGGGCCAUACUCGGUCGCAGUCGAACGCGUCGAUCCCCACACUCCCCAGCCACAACCCCGAUGUUAACGAGACCUCUUCCCUGGUACCCAAAGUCCCAUUCAGAACCUCCCACGAAUCCAUCUCUGAGCACGCAGGGGAAGAAGUUGAAGAUGAUGCCAUGUCUGAUGUUGCUCCCGACUCACCUCAUCCAGACGUCAGAGGCUUGGCGAUGCUUUCGACGGUCGAGUUCUGGCAGCUCUUCCUGACAAUGGCGCUUCUGUCGGGCAUUGGCCUGAUGACUAUCAACAACAUCGGAAACAGCGCCAAGGCACUCUGGAAAUACUACGACGACAGCGCGAGCCCGAAGUUCAUCCAGCAGCGACAGGUCAUGCAUGUCUCGAUCUUGUCAUUCGGCAACUUCAUCGGGCGUCUCUUGAGUGGGAUCGGCUCCGAUCUUCUAGUCAAAAAACUGAACAUGUCUCGGUUCUGGUGCCUGUUCAUGUCGGCUCUGGUCUUCACGAUCACCCAGCUGGCUGGAUCGUCAAUCUCCAAUCCUCACCAAUUAGCCAUCGUGUCGGGCUUCACGGGGAUUGCCUACGGGUUUUUGUUCGGCGUGUUCCCCUCCCUGGUGGCCCACAAUUUCGGCAUCAACGGCCUUUCGCAGAACUGGGGCGUCAUGACCCUGGCCCCGGUCUUCAGUGGGAAUGUGUUCAACCUUCUGUACGGUCACACCUACGACCACCACUCCGUGGUAGGGCCGGAUGGCGACCGGGAGUGUCCUGAUGGACUGGCCUGCUACCAGGCAGCCUACUACACCACCUUUGUUUCUGGCGUGGCCGGACUGGUUGUGUGCUUGUGGACCAUCCUGCGCGAAAAGCGCAUCCAUGGCGCUAUGCAAAAGAAGUUCGAACAUGAACGACUUGCUUAG